UCAGAACCCGUAUGUAAACAAGGGAAAUAUGGCUACCCCCUUGAGCAGGAUCUGUGGGAAGCUCGGGAGGCAUUUGUACCGACCAUGGUGUGCGAACCAGUUGAGGCUGCAGCAAGGGACGUCCCGGUCCGUGGCAGAAGCAGCGACGGAGCAAGGAGGUGUAGUUUCUGGAGCUUACCCACCGUUGCAAACCUUCUCAGAAGAAGAAACUAUGAUGAAGGAGGCUGUCAAGAAAUUUGCACAAGAGCGCAUUGCCCCAUUUGUGUCAAAGAUGGAUGAAAACUCUUCCAUGGACCAGGUUGUGAUAGAUGGCCUAUUUGAGCAAGGGCUGAUGGGCAUCGAGAUCGACCCAGAGUAUGGUGGAACAGGUUCUACCUUCUUCUCCUCCAUCCUGGUCAUUGAGGAGCUGGCGAAGGUGGACCCCUCCAUCUCAGUGCUCUGUGACAUCCAGAACACGCUGAUCAACACACUGGUUUCUAAGCUUGGCACGGAGGCCCAGAAAGAGCAGUACCUCUCCCGGCUCUCCACAGACACGGUUGGAAGCUUCUGCCUGUCAGAAGCUGAGUCGGGGAGCGAUGCGUUCUCUUUGAAGACCCGCGCUGAGAAACACAAGGACUACUUCCUCAUUAACGGCUCCAAGAUGUGGAUCAGCAACGCAGAGCAUGCUGGGGUCUUCCUGGUGAUGGCUAAUCUGGACCCCACGGCUGGCUACAGAGGAAUCACCUGUUUCAUUGUGGACCGGGACACAGAGGGGCUGGAGAUCGGCAAGAAGGAGAACAAGCUGGGACUGCGUGCCUCCUCCACCUGCCCCCUCAAUUUUGACAACGUGAAGGUUCCCGAGCAGAACAUUCUGGGGAAACCCGGACACGGGUAUAAGUAUGCCAUCGGAAUGCUGAACGAGGGCAGGAUUGGGAUCGCAGCCCAGAUGUUGGGUUUGGCCCAGGGCUGCUUCGAUCAUGCAGUUCCUUACACCAGGCAGCGGGUUCAGUUCGGCAAGCGGAUCUUUGACUUUCAGGGCAUGCAGCACCAGAUCGCCCACGUGGCCACCCAGCUGGAGGCCGCCCGGCUCCUGACCUAUAACGCGGCUCGCCUGAAGGAGGCCGGGAGACCCUUCAUCAAGGAGGCCUGCAUGGCCAAGUACUUUUCUGCUGAGGUUGCAACUUUGGUGACUUCGAAAUGCAUAGAAUGGAUGGGAGGGGUGGGCUUCACAAAAGAUUACCCCAUUGAGAAGUACUACAGAGACUGCAAAAUAGGUACAAUUUAUGAAGGCACUACUAAUAUCCAGCUCACGACCAUGGCUAAGUUCAUUGACCAGGAGUAUGACCACUGAACUGUGUGAGACUUGUUGUUUUCACACUCGCUGCUUUUAGAAAAGAAAUAAAGCGGGCUUCGGAGUGUGGGAAAAACACUUUUAAGAAGUUGUGUGUUUAUGCUGAAUAUCGCCGUGUGGAACGUUCGUCUUCACAACAAGCGACAACUGUUUAAUCAAACAUAUCAAUUACCGUGUGCAGUAGAGUUGAUUUCAUCAUAUUUCAGCAGUGCACUUGGAUUAAAUGGUUUGUUUCCUGCUGGGUGGGGAUAUCCAAUGACUUGUUUUGAAAUUAUACUGGUGGGACGUGUGUGCAAAAUAUACCAAUAUGUCUUGCUGCUAUCCCGCUAGCUGAAUGUAAUUGAAUAUAUGUCCAGCUAUGCUAGGGGGCUACUGUUUGCUGUUUGACUGGUAGGGAACCGCAAGCAAUGAUGAUGUUACUGAUUACUGGCACUCUGUGUCAGUACAUUUUACCCCAUAAUUCCGUUCUAGAUCAAAUACAGAAUAGCUUGAAUUUGUUCAUUAGUACAAUAAGGUAGUCCUUGAAAAUCUGUUUCCUUAAACUGCAAUUGUUACAUUGAGAAUAUGAACAUAGCCUAAAUAGAACCAUGUUUUGUUUGAGUAACUGACUUAUGGUACUGUUCCCCCUUUUCCUUCCUGUGAUUUUGUGAGUAACUGUAAUGUAGAAAAUCCGUUUUCUGUCCAUAUGGCUUUUACAAUGUUUCACUUGUGUUGUGUUCAUAUGUUUCCAAAUGACAAGAUUGCUCUUUUGAGGUAUGAUCGAGACGCAUGAAUACUUCAGGGCAGUUUAAUCAUAUAAAUGCAAAUACAGGUCUACGCAUGACGAGAUUAGCAUCUGAUGUCCCCGCUCAAUGUCCCUCAUGUAGUUCAUUCCUUCGGUUCUCUGGUUGGGUUCAUUUCAGAACUUCUGAAUGGGACAGUGCCUUAAACCCAGAUGAUUUUUUCUGUAGCCACAGCGCCCACUCCACACCCCCCAGUUUGAGAAUAGAGACAGAAAGCAGCAGGUGAGCCACAUGCCUUGAUACCUGACCAGUAUGAUAGCAUUGUGGCCUUAAUGUGAGCAUAGAGAAAUGGAGCUGCAAAGACAUAUUGCCUGUCUUCCUGGGUUAAGAUCCUUUAAUCGCAUUAAUGAGAUUGUUCAUCAUAUUGGAAACAUUUGAAAUGAAAAUAUUUCUCUGUCCAUUUGAUAACAUUCUGUACACUCUUAUUGUCACAGAUUGAUGGAUUAUUAAUGAAUGGUCUAAAAUAGUUUCAAAGAGGUAUUUUAACACCGUAGAUCAGAAACUUCCAAUAAAUAAAGAAUAUUAAAAUGUA